CAAGGAUUCGCGCAUUGGCUGUUGACGGGGCAACAUAUUUCCGGCUGAUUGGAGUUCGAUUAACCUGGAAUAUUCCUUGUUGUUGUGUCUCGUGUGUGAAAAAAAUCCCGGUGGUAGAUUUGUCUCAGUCAUGGGUAUUGUCAGGGAUAUUGGUCAGGAUAUAACAGAUGAGGAGCUAGUCAAUAUGGGUAAGGGAUUAAAUCCAAAUGUGAAAUGCAUAAGAGUACGAAGAUUCAAUCGAAGGAAGACUACUGAGGAUGGCACUGUUUUUGUGAAAACGAAUACGUGUGUGUUGACCUUUGAGGGUACAACAUUACCAAAAUACUUUGAAUUGUAUAAUAUCAGACUUCCGGUCGAACUGUAUAUUUCCCCAGUUGUACAAUGCAAUAAAUGCUUACGCUAUGGUCAUGUGAGGAAUCUCUGCAGGGGGAGAUUCAGAUGCAGGAAAUGCGGUUCAUAUCAUGAAGAUGAAAAGCCUUGCGAUGCUGAACCUUGUUGUCUAUUCUGUAGACAGGGGCAUGAGGCCAUGGAUAGACGAUGCCAGGAGUACCUAAGACAGGUUAAGAUGAGGGAGAUUAUGGCAAUUCAUAAUGUCUCGUUGUACGAGGCAGACAAAUCUUGUAAAAGAUCAAUGGCUCCUAACCCAUCGGAGUUUCCCUUAAUAACGGGGAAAAAACAAGAGGGCAUGCAGAAUAGACCACGUAACCAAACAUAUGCAAGUAUCGUGUCGCAAGCUGAGUAUAAAACCCAGAGCUCGAUGCGAACCAACGACAACGGUCCAAGACUAAAAAGAAAAGCCCCCUCCACAGUGGGCUAUGACAAAGCGGAACAUGAAGCGUGCUUGUUCUCAUACAGGCCGGCUUCCCCAACAAGUCACUUUUCCCAAUCUUUUUCUCAGGCUACUUCCGUACCACCCCAUUCACAGAUGGACACCGCUGGUGAAACCAUGUUGAGAAGGUCAGAAUCUCAAUCCCAAACGAAAGGUAGAAUGUACUCUACCAGCCAGAACGACCAGUCAAUAAUGGAUGAUGUUGCAGAUGAUACCGGAGAAGACAGACAAAUGAUCACAUACAGUGAGGACUACCUGAGAUAUGGGAAGUCCUCACCUACAUAUUAAUCUCGAUCUUAAAUAAUAGUAAAUUAAUUGCUGAUAUCUCUGUUGGGCACCUUGAGGUUUUUUUUUUUUU